AUGCGCUUGGCGGAAGUAAUCAUAUGUAUAGCAAAUAGACUGUAGAUUGGCGCGAGAGAAACGUUUGAAGGUUUUUGAUUGCCUAUUCAGUUAUAAAACCACUGCCGUUGUAUUUAGCUCUGAGUAAUCGGAUUAAAAAGUGAGAUCUAAAAAAACGAUGCCCCGCAGAAAGAGAAAUGCUGGCAGUAAUUCAGAUGUGACUGAAGAUUCAGAUUCUUCUACAGACCAAGAUCAUGUGCAAGAGCAUAUGGAUGCCUCUGAAAGUGACGGGAAUGCACAUCCGUCUGCUCGGGUUACCAGGGCAUCAGCAAGGUUAAGUCAGAGUUCACAAGGUGAAGCAGAUUCAAGUCCUUCUCACAAUCAACAGCCCUUUGCAACAGAAGAACAACACAGUUCCAGUAGAAGAGGGAUCCGCAGUCAGCAGCCAUCCACCCCUGUGACUCCUAAAAAACAACAGUCUGGUCAGAUUCAUUCCUCAGACUCUGAACUGCAAUCAGUGGUCGAGUUCUCAGACAAAGAAACCAAAAAUACAACUGAACAUGAUGAGUCUCCACCACGUACACCAACUGGAAAUGCACCAUCUUCUGAAUCAGAUAUUGAUAUUUCUCAUUCUAAUGUGUCCCAUGAUGAGAGUAUCGCAAAAGAUCUGUCGAUGAAGAAUUCUGAGAGUGACCUGUCUCACAGACCCAAACGUCGCCGGUUUCAUGAGAGUUACAAUUUCAACAUGAAGUGUCCCACACCUGGUUGUAAUUCUUUAGGACACUUAACAGGCAAGCAUGAGCGCCACUUCUCCAUAUCUGGAUGUCCACUCUACCAUAAUUUGUCUGCUGAUGAAUGCAAGUUUUACAGAGGCUCCAGAGCACAUCGUGACACGGUAAGGGCACAGCAUCGAAAUAAGCAGAAUGAGGAACAAACAGCAUCCCAUCAACAAGAGGACAGUAACCAUCAUGCAACGCAACACCAGGGGCACAGACAGAAAUAUGAGAACACCCGGGAGCCUCUCUUGGAGAAUAUUACGAGUGAAUAUGACUUGGAACUGUUCAGAAGAGCACAAGCAAGAGCGUCUGAAGACUUGGAGAAGCUACGGCUACAAGGCCAGAUAACAGAAGGAAGCCACAUGAUUAAAACCAUUGUUUUUGGUCGGUAUGAGCUAGAUACAUGGUACCACUCCCCCUAUCCUGAAGAGUAUGCUCGUCUUGGUCGGCUGUACAUGUGUGAGUUCUGCCUUAAGUAUAUGAAGAGUCAGACCAUCCUACGAAGACACAUGGCUAAGUGUGUAUGGAAGCACCCUCCAGGAGAUGAAGUUUAUCGGAAAGGCACCAUUUCUGUGUUUGAAGUUGAUGGAAAGAAAAACAAGAUAUACUGCCAGAAUCUUUGUCUGUUGGCAAAACUCUUUCUUGAUCACAAGACCUUGUACUACGAUGUUGAGCCGUUUUUGUUUUACGUUAUGACUGAAGCAGACAACACGGGCUGUCAUCUAAUUGGCUACUUCUCUAAGGAAAAGAAUUCUUUUUUGAAUUACAAUGUUUCCUGUAUACUUACGAUGCCACAGUACAUGAGGCAAGGGUUUGGGAAAAUGCUCAUAGACUUCAGUUAUCUGCUGUCAAAAGUGGAAGAAAAAGUUGGGUCUCCAGAACGUCCACUUUCUGAUUUAGGCCUUAUUAGCUAUCGCAGUUACUGGAAGGAGGUGUUGCUUAGAUAUCUUCAUAACUUCCAGGGCAAAGAGAUCUCCAUCAAAGAGAUCAGCCUAGAGACUGCAGUUAACCCUGUAGACAUUGUCAGUACACUGCAGGCACUUCAGAUGCUCAAGUACUGGAAAGGAAAACACUUGGUCCUUAAAAGACAGGACUUGAUAGAUGAAUGGUUGGCUAAGGAAGACAAAAUGUCAAACAGCAACAGGACCGUAGACCGUAGCUGCUUAAAAUGGACUCCUCCAAAAGGAACAUAAUGUAUCACUAAUGGAACUUUUUGAGGAAGUGGCACCAUUUGCCAAUUUCUACAGCAGAAAUUACUUACUACUAACUUUGUUUAUUGUACCUACUGAUUGUCUAGUACAGUGUGCUGCUGAGCUGUAAAAGGAACUGGAGCAUCCAUUGAUAUGGAUGCACAGAUAAAGGGAAUUUGCCAUCAGAGACCAUUACAAGGGUUUUAAUGGACUUUAUCCCGAAGCUGUGAAGUCAUUCCAUGUGAUGUGUGUACUGCCACUGGACCGUAACAGUCACUUUGCAAAUCAAAUCUUGUUUCUGUGCCAUGUAUUCAAGAAGAAACAUUUGCUUGCUAUAUCUGUUUUUCCCCUUGAAGGAAAAUUAAAUAAAAAAGGUCAUUCUGAAACCCAGAUUUUCAAAUA